UUGCCAGGGCUGGGGUGUCUCUCUUUGCCGAGGAAACCUUGGCCGUGAUUGACAGCAGGGCUGUUUUUUGCCGCUUCCCUUGCUGUUGAAAAGUAAUAAUGAAGCUUUGUCAGUCCAUCAUGGACAUGGAUAUGCCAGAUUACGUCGAUUCCUUGGACUCCUCUUAUACCAUGCUGGAAUUUGACAACCUUCGGGUGCUCCCCAGUAACACCGGUGAGAUUUCUGUUCGUUUCCUCUUGAUUUACCUCCGCCACCUUUGUUCUGAAGCUGAACACCUAGGAAAGGCAGCUUUGAACCAUGUUCUCCAGGUGUCUGAGGAGGUGGCUCCCCAUCCCUCAGAAGCACGUAUCUCACAUCCAGAUGCCAUCGCAGCCGAAUCAGCAAACACCAACCUGCUCACCAAUGGCAUCAGUUCCCUGUGCUCCAUCUGCGGGGACCGGGCGACCGGCAAACACUACGGGGCAUCCAGCUGCGACGGCUGCAAAGGCUUCUUCAGGAGGAGUGUCCGCAAGAACCAUGUCUAUUCCUGCAGGUUCAGCCGACAGUGUGUGAUAGACAAAGACAAGAGGAACCAGUGCAGGUACUGCAGGCUGAAGAAGUGCUUCAGAGCUGGCAUGAAGAAAGAAGCCGUGCAGAAUGAGCGUGACAGGAUCAGCAUUCGCAGGAGCAGCUACGAGGACAACGGCUCGCUCUCCAUCAACGUGCUCACUCAGGCCGAGGCCAUGGCGCAGCAGUAUUCAUCACUGAGCCCGGUGCACAGCACAGACAUUGCUAUGAAGAAGGUUGCAACCAUCAAUGAUGUGUGUGAAUCCAUGAAACAGCAGCUUCUGGUGCUGGUUGAAUGGGCAAAAUACAUCCCAGCGUUUUGUGAGCUCCCACUUGAUGACCAGGUUGCCUUGCUCAGAGCCCACGCAGGGGAACACCUGCUCCUCGGGGUGGCCAAGCGCUCCAUACCAUACACCGAUUUUCUGUUAUUAGGAAACGACUUCAUCAUCCCCAUGCACUGCCCAGAACUGGAAAUUGCUCGUGUGGCCACCAGAAUCUUGGACGAGUUGGUGAAGCCCUUGCGGGACAUCCAGAUCGAUGACAAUGAGUACGCUUGCCUUAAAGCCAUCAUCUUCUUUGAUCCAGACUGCAAAGGCCUCAGCGAGCCCGGGAAGGUGAAGAACAUGCGCUUCCAGGUCCAAGUCAACCUAGAAGACUACAUCAACGAUCGCCAGUACGACUCCCGAGGCCGGUUCAGCGACAUCCUUCUCCUGCUGCCCCCGCUGCAGAGCAUCACCUGGCAGAUGAUCGAGCAGGUCCAGUUCGUGAAGCUCUUUGGUGUGGCCAGGAUCGAUAGCUUGCUGCAGGAGAUGCUGCUGGGAGGAACCACCAUUGAUCUCCAGUACCAGUCAGGACCACCCAACCUCAACCUGGAACCGCUGCCAGGACACGUCCUCCCAAGCAACAUGAGCUCUGUGAUUCACACCGCUCCAGACCCAUCUCCUGAAACAUCCCUUCCAUCUCCUUCUACGAGCACAGGCAGUGAAGACUAUAAACUAGGUUCUAGCGCAGGACCCAACGCCGUAGUGCAGCUCUUACCUCAGACAGUGAUACCCAAGCAGGAGAUUUUAUAGGGAGAGAUGGAAGGAGAAGCUGGGAGCAAUGUGGAAACCGUGCUGAAAGUGAAAACGGGCCCUUUCUCUUUGCAGAGGCAAAGCCCAGCAACGCCCUGCCUGUAGCUGGAUCUGUCGGGCACACUCUUUCCCGUCCGUGAGACAAGCACCAGGCACCAGGCUGCAGCAGGAGCCUCACCACGGGUCUUCCCACCACCGCCACCCUCAUUUCAUGGCAUUGGGGUUAAUGCUCUUCUCAGCAGGACCGAGACCGUAAGCUCUUUGGAGCGGGGAUAUCACAUUGCAUUUGUUAUCGCCUAGCUUGGUGCGAUCACAACCCUUUAAAAGCCUUCGGCCGCUAUCUUCAUAAAACCAAAUGUCUUAGCUCCUGGUAAUCGCCAGUGAGUACAGUGUGUCUUGAAUUGUCAGUAUGAAAAGGUCUAUUCCCAUUAAAAAUUUCAUUACACUCCCAUUUCUCCUGCUGCAUAUCAAAAAUACCUUCCAAACCCAUUAGCAGGCCAACGCUUUCUUAUUCCACACAAAUGUCUCAUUCCACACGGACCAGUUAACGUUUAAUGCUGAUCAGUUAUUAUUUGUGGUCAGCAAUGCCAACAUUUUGUUAUUUUUCCAUAGUUUCCAGUAUAUCUGCAGUCCAGCUGUGAAUUGUUUGAUGCACCCUCUACUUUGUGUGCACAUCUAAGCUAGCUCCAAGACGGCACCAAGGAUCUCUGCAUCAAACCCUGGCUGCCUGGUAAAGCCCACCACCGGCAGCAAGCUCGAGAAGCCAUUGACUUACCAAAUCACUGCUUUCCAUCUUCUGCAAACUUUUGCUGCAAACAUAUUUGGAAGAAGCAACAGCCAUAACAAAAAUGCCAAAAAAACUUUUUCCCAGCACACUGACAGAAUUUUGCUGUAGUUUUCACUCUCUUUGUAAUAGCUGCAAACUAAACUUCAAAGCUCUAAAUUAGCCAAAAAAGGCUAAUUUAUAUACAGGUCUCCUAUGAGACAUUUAUUAUAAAAGAUGUAUUUAAAACAUAAGGUGCUUCUGCACUUAAUGAAAAAUAUAAUCAGCAGUAGGUGACCAAUUAUUAACCAUGUUACAGCUACUUAAAUAUGCCCAACAGAUGACUAUACAACCUCACAUGUUCCUAAAUCGUGGUCAUUGUGUUACAGUGUUUAUUUUGAAUUAAUUGGACUUUUAUUAGACAGCAGAUUACUGGACUUUUGCUCAGCUGUACAGAAGUCAAACAACCUCCAUCAGGCAGCUCUUGGGGGACCAGGAGCAGCUGUUCCCAACAGUAGGACACGAUGGAGAAUUGUAAGUUCUGCAACACUGGACAAAUCUGUCAACCAACGCGCAUCUGCGCUGAUGGCAGAAGAGGUGCUGGUGCCCAGCUAUGGCUUUGCGAAGGUUGUUUCACUAAUGCUCGUGGAGCACUUUGAGAACCUCAGCUGGACAACACUGCAGAAUGCAAUCUUACUGACUGAGAGAAGCUGGGAAGAGCAUACGAACUUUCAGCAAAAGCAGAAUACUGUGCAUUUCAUUCCUUGGGGAGGUAUUUCAGAGUUGCCAUUCUACAGCACAAAAGAGAUCUGAAAACCGUUGAAGACUGGGUUGAAUUUCACCUAGGAUCACUGUUUUAUUUUUCUACUGUCUAUGAUGAAUUUGAUCUGACAUUCUAUGCUGAUAACUUUGAUUUGAAACAGCUAUAUCUGGAAACCAGGUUCCAGUGCAAGCAUUCCUGCUGCAUGACAGAUGCAAGGUACUUAGGUAACAUUGCUUCCCGUUCCUCCAUCAUGUAGAUCACAUUACUUUUCUAGAAAUUAAAUGUACAUUUAUACCUAUUAAUGGUAAGAAAAUAAAUCUAUGAGGGAAAUAAAUUCAGUAUUCUCAUA